UAUCAUUCUCCCGACUGCUGCAAAAUAUUUAGGGACUAGGUCACAAGGGCUUCAAGUUUCUUUGAUGCCUGUUUACAUUUCCAGCCGCUUCGCUUCUCUCCUCUCUUCUCCUCUCCUCUUUGAGCUUACCAGUUCUCUCUAAAGUGAAAGAGAGUAUACCUAAUUAGCUUAUCAAGAAAACACUCGUUCAUAUCGAUUCUUUGAUUUCCAAACCCUAAUUUUGCAUCAAAGCUCUUUGAAUAUGGAUGAAAAUAACAAGAGUCAGAGAGCAUCAGAAGCUUGGGAAAUGGUUAUGAGUAAUAUCACUGAUGAUCUGUGGACUGAGAUUUUCCUCCGCCUUCCAUUCGAGUCGUUACUUCGAUUCAAAUCGGUGUCCAAAACAUGGUUGUCCAUUAUUUCCAGUCAUCGUUUCGCCUUAUCACAUCUCGCAAUUGCUCCUAAAGAUGAUCAAAUUCUCAUCGUUCACCAUGAAACAGGCUACCCCGAAGACGGAGAGGACGGCCAUUUCUCACUCUAUCAUCUCGAUCCGUGUCGCAUUUUAGAGAAUUUGAAUUUUCCUUACUCGCAAGGUGAGUAUCCCUUUGAGCUAGACAACUCUCAACUUAUUGGUUCGGAAUGUGGUAUUGUUUGUGUUUCUGUUUGUGUCUCCGAUUGGAAGGCUGCCAAAAAUAAAUAUGAUUUAUAUCUUUGGAAUCCUGCCACUAAGCAGUCCAAGCUCAUUCCCCCUUAUGCUAGACCGGAUAAUACUAUGUCUCGUGCUGCUUUAGGCUUUGGCUUUGAUCACAUUGAUUUGGAUUUUAAAGUUGUUAGAUUUAUAUCCAGCACUCUUUCUGCCGAGGUUUAUUCUUCAAACAUGAAUAAUUGGCGUAAGAUUGAGCAAAAUCUAUCUGAUAUUUAUGGCUACAUUUCGUUUUAUAUAUGCUUUCACGGUUUUUUGUUUGCCCUUCAAGAUUAUCGUGGUACCAAAGGUAUGGUGGCUUUUGAUUUAAACAAGGAGGUGUUUAUUUGUGAUAAUAAUCUCCCUGUUGGUUCUUUUGAGUAUGUUGAGUAUAGUAAAAUUGCUCAAUACAAGGAUACUAUUGCCUUCAUUGUUUCUGAUAGUAUCACGGACAACAAUAAGAUUAACCUGUGGAUAUUAGACAAUAUUGCAUGUCUUCGCGGUGGAGUUGAGGCAUCAUGGACCAAAGUGCUCAGUUUUGAUGUAGGUGCGCCGUAUGACGUUGUUGAGGGUCCUUUUAAUGAUAUUCAAUUCUUACUAGAGGAUGUAGAUUGUAUUAAUCGGUUAUUGUAUAACUCGAAUAACAAAUUAACCACAGAAUUCCCUGGUUUUCCUAAAAUUGCACCUUGUGAACUUUUUAAGUAUACGAAGAGCUUGUUUUCACUCACAGGAUUCAAACGAAUCAAGUGGGCUGCUCCAUCGUUGAGGUUGCAGGAGAAUCUGUAGAAUGGGAAUUGAGAUAGGAUGAAUGAAAGCAUUUCCGAUUGAUGAUAAUGGUGGGAAGUAGUAGCCACAAGGGAGGUGGAAGUGAUGCUUUAGUGCUUUGUUGAAUUUGUUUAGAUUCUGCUAGUUGAUGUAUUGCUUGGUGUGAUAUUUUUUUAAUUGUAAUCUUUUAAGACUCUUCUGGUUUCUUCUUAUUAUUAUAUGAAUAUUGAUAUUUCUGCAUUA